AUGUCCGACCCAAUUCUCUUCGAAGAUCACUUCACGAUCACUAGCAUCAAUGCCCAGAAAUACGACCGCGUUUCUCGUCUUACCUGCAGCUCAAACGAUGCUUCCCUUACUUUCACCCUUGAUGUGAACUCGGAGCUCUACCCCUGCGAUGUCAACGAGUCGCUUUCUAUGGCGCUGGCCUCGACUUUGUCUCUCGAUGGCAAGGAGGAUACCCGUGCUAGCUGGAGAGAGGUCAGCAUGGGCGAGCAGACUCUUGCCAAUGACUACGACUACGUCUGCCACGGCAAGGUAUACCGAUUUGAGGAGGGUCAAACCAAGGAUACCAUGGCUGUCUUUGUAUCAUUCGGAGGUCUGCUGCUCUACCUCGAGGGCCCCUACAAGAAGCUCGCCCCGCUGAAGAUCGAUCACGUAUAUCUGCUUCUUAAGAAAUAG